AUGGAGGUGAGCACCGUCUCCCCAUCUCCUGCCUCAUCCACUGAAGGUAAUGAUCUGUGUGAGACAGAUGUCACCACCAUGGCCAUACACAGUGUGACACUGCUCAUCUGCCUCUGUGGGCUGGCUGGGAACGGGGCUGUGCUCUGGCUCCUUGGCUCCCGCACUUCAUCCAGGAACAGCACCAUCCUUUACUUCUACAUGCUGGCUCUUCUCGACUUCUUCUUCCACCUCAUUCUGUUGCUCUCCACUGCGCUCUUCCUGGUGGGGGACAUGUCCUGUUCUAUCAUCAUGCCCUUGUCACACGUAACGUUCCUUUCCUGGAUGUCACUGUUGUCUUACAGCUUGUGGCUGUGCACACUGACAUUCAUCAGCAUCAAGAGGUGCAGGUUCAUCUACUGCCUGCUCUGGCUCUGCUGCCACCAUCCCCAGCAGCUGUUGAAGGUCAUGCUUGCCCUGCUUGGGGCCUUCUUCAUCACUCUUGUCAUUGUCUUUGCCAUGAUGCUUUCCCUGUGCAUGUUCCAGCCACCUGAGCACUGCUGGGUGUUUCUCAGCUUAAUAUACACCUCCAACCACCUCCUCUGUGCUCCCUCCAUGCUCAUUUCCAGCACAAUCCUCUUCACUCAUUUCAAGCCUGGCUCCCAGCAGCAGCAAGACAAGAAGCUGGACAUUGUUAUCUGCCUCAUUGUGCUCUUGUCUCUGCCCCUCAGUCUCUGCAAUUUCCUGCAGGAACUCAGUUACACCAUUAUGCUCUCCCAGGUUUUCCUGCUCACCUGCAUCCACAGCAGCAUCAAACCCCUCAUCUACAUCCUGGUGGGGAGGUGCUGGAGGCCCUGCUCUGUGGGGUCUCUCUGGCUUUCUGUCAAGAGGGUCUUUGAGGAGGCAGAAGAAAACACUGCCCACAGCAAUGAUCCUGCCAUGGACACAGAACUCUGA